AUGGACGACACAACCCCAAUAAUCGACACCGACGUCUCAUACUACCAACUCCGCCGCUUCUCACUCCCCUCCACCCCAUCACCCCUUUCACCACCCUCUUACUCCUCAAUCAAUGUCCACCUCAUCGAAGCACACCCCAAGUCCCUCCAGGACACCUUCGGCCGCGCCGUGACCUUCUGGCCGCGAUCCAUGGAGUUGUUGUCUGCGAUGGGCCUAGGCCAUGAGAUCGAACAGCAGUGCUAUGCUGUGAGGAGCAGCGCGGCAUUCGAUCGGGAGGGCAGGGAACGGACAAAGGAUGGCGCGUGGGGGUUUAUUGAGGGGAUUAGUGAUACGAGGUAUACAUUUGCGAGUGUCCUGCGGCAGAAGUAUGUGGAGGAGAUCUUGAGGAGGAAAGGCGAGGAGGUGGGUGUUGAGGUCAAUGCGCCGUGUGCAUUUGAGGGAUUGGUUGUGGAUGAUUGGGUGGAGGCUGGAGAGGUCGGAAGGGUCGUUGCGACGAUCAGGGACGGGAGAGGCGGAGGAGACAGGAUGUACAAGGUCAGAUGUCGGUACAUAAUCGGGUGUGAUGGAAGUAGGACGAAGGUGCGAGGGGCAGCCGGGAUCGAUAGUGAAGGGAGCAGGACGGAGGACAAAUGGGUAAGAGUUGAUGGAGUGCUGGAGAGCACGACGAUGCCGAAGCCACGUAGCUACGGCGCCAUCGAGUCUCCCUUGUACGGCAACGUUCUCUGGAUACCGCUUGACCACGGCGCUACCCGACUCGGCUACAAGUUCGAUCCCGGCCUCACCGAGCGGGAGAUCUUCAUCAAAGAGUCCGAACUCUGCGUGCAGCCCUUCAAGCUGAAAUGGGCUCAAGUCGACUGGGGGUCCGUGUACAGUGUCGGUCAGAGGGUGGCAAAGACCUUUUUCGCACACGAUGCUGUCUUUCUCGCGGGCGACAGCUGCCACACGCAUUCGAGUGGCGCAGGACAGGGUAUGAACGCUGGCGUAAAUGAUGCGGCAAACCUGGCCUGGAAGUUAGCAUUAGUUUUGACUGGCAGGGCGAAGCGUAGGCUGCUAGACACUUAUAAUGCCGAGCGGCAGGUGCUGGCGGAGAAGCUGAUUAGGUAUGACGAGGGAAUCAGUGAAUUGGUCAGUGGGCGGAUACCGAAAGGAAAGCAAUGGGAAAAGUGGCAGGGUGAAGAGGAUCCCAACGUUGUGCUGGGAAGAGUUCUGAUGGAAGCGAAGGGCUUCAAUACUGGUCUGACACUGGGCUAUCAGAAGAACCCGGCUGUUUGGGAGGACGAGAAGGACACAAGUGGUGAGGAAGUCCUGAUACCUGCACCAGCAAGGCCAGGCCUUCGAGCUCCGGACGUCCGAGUGCUGCUGCCAGCGUUGUGGGAGAGCGCCUGGCUUCUGAAGCUGAUGCCCAAUCAAGCACAUUUUCAUAUACUGACAUUUGUGGGCCGUGGCUUGACAGCAAAAGACAUGCUGCGUUCGUUCAAGGAGGAGGUCGAGGCGGCGAUCAGACCCACGCACAAAGCUGGCGUCGAUGGAGUGAACGGCCACAUUAAUGGAGCCUCGCACGGCAACAGCCUCGCGCCUUCAAACAACAACCUACCGGUGCAGUUUCUAACGAUACUGCCGGAAAGAGUCGAUAACGGAUGGCAUGAGCUCGGGUUCGAUCCACUGGGAAAGGUGUAUUAUGAUCAGGCUGGUGCAGCUGGCGAGCGCUAUGAGAUCGAUGUCGAACAUGGUACAACUUUUAUCAUUCGACCAGACAUGUGGAUUGGAGCCCGCUUCGAUUUGCUCGAACAAGAUGCUGGCAAACUCAUAAGUCAGUACCUCAGAGGGCUGCUCGUAUGUUAA